AUGAAUAAUAAUAAUAUAAAUGAAGAUAAAAAAUACUUAGAAAUUCCAGAUUCAGAUAUUGUUUUACCAGCUGCAGUUGACAGUUAUUUAAGACAAAAAUUAAAAACACAAUCAUUAGAAGCAUGUGGUGAUUCAGUUGGUAAAUUUGCAGAAUGUUCAAAAGAUAAAUAUAUUUCAGUAGUUUGGGAAUGUAGAGAAUUACAACAAUUAAUGAAAAACUGUUUAUCAGAUUAUACCACUAAAGAGAAAUUGGUUGAAUUAAAAAGAGAAUGGAUAGAUGCAUCAAAAAAGAAAUUAUAUGAAAAAAGACAAAAAGCAGCAGCUGAAAAAGAACAAUCUGAACAAAAUAAAUAA